AUGUCUUAUGAGCCUGAAUUUCAACAAGCCUACGAUGACUUGGUCUCAAGUUUGGAGGCAUCCAGCUUGCUGACUGAACAUCCAGAAUAUCGCAGAGCCCUGCCUAUUGUCUGCGAGCCCGAGACUAUCGCACAGUUUAGGGUAGUCUGGGAUGAUGAUCAGGGAAAGCCUCAGCUCAACCGCGGUUAUCGUAUUCAUUAUAAUACUGCAUUGGGUCCCUGCAAAGGAGGCAUCCGAUUUCACAAAAGCGUAAAUCUGUCAGUGCUCAAGUUUUUAGGGCUGGCUCAGGUUUUCAAGAAUGCCUUGACCGGUCUAUCAAUAGGUGGCGCUAAGGGAGGCUCCGACUUCGAUCCAAAGGGUCGCACAGACAAUGAAAUUCGGCGGUUUUGCCAGGCUUUCAUGAACCAGCUCCAUCAUCACGUCGGAAUUAAUAUCGACAUUCCAGGCGGGGAUAUAGGCGUGUCAGAAAGGGAGAUCGGAUGGCUCUUUGGCCACUUCAAGACCAUAAAUCGCAGCUCGGAGGCAGUCAUCACUGGUAAAGGACUGACAUGGGGUGGUUCGUAUGGUAGGAAAGAGGCCGCCGGGUUUGGAGUAGCUUACUACGUUGAAGAGAUGAUUCGGUACCGGUCCAAGGGCACUGACUCACUGAAGGGCAAGGCAGUGGCAGUGUCUGGGGCAGGCAACGUCGCUUUGCACGCAGCUUUGAAGACAAUUCAGCUUGGGGGGAUCGUGAAGUCUGUAUCUGAUAGCCUGGGUAGCCUUGUUGCGACCAGUGCUCGCGGCAUAGAUCUCGAUACCUUACAAGCGAUUAUGGUUUUGAAGACACGCCGCGCGCAGUUGGCGACAUUUGCCAAGCAAGGCGAGCACACAGGCUUCAAUUACAUAGCAGGGGUGAGGCCCUGGGAGUUUGUGGGUCAAGUGGACGUGGCGAUGCCUUGCGCGACGCAGAACGAGCUAUCUCUACAAGAGGCCAAAUCCCUAAUUGCCGCAGGGUGCCAUUACGUGGCCGAGGGCAGCAAUAUGGGCUGCACAGCGGAAGCGUGCGCACUGUUUGAAUCAUAA